AUGGAUUUCCUCAAAAGCCUAGAUGGAACCUCGCGAAUCGGGGUCAUGUUGAUCGCUGCCAGUGCAGUCUACUUGUGUUUCAGCCGUUUGUUACUGAGCAGAAUAUCCCUACGCGGCCGCAAAAAUUCCACAGCCCGAACCCCUCCACGAUCCAUAUCCCCAGACAAAAGGAAAGCCAAUAGCACCACAUCACCAACAAGUUAUAACCAGGCCCUUCCACCAUCACGUAGAGAGGCACUCCUUCAACAGAAAGGGGCCGUUAUACGCUGGAAAGAAGUUGAUGAGUCCGAAAUAUGCCAGAAUCUCUUGCCCAUGACAGCCAACUUUAGGACCAGCCCAGGUAACUUAUAUACACCGACUGGCUUUUCUGUCGACGACGUGAAGGCUUUGGGUGAUUUCCCGGACUAUGCAACGCUCAGUGGAGUUCCACUUCCUCGGCCCUAUCCCGAACAUCAACUUGAAAAGGCGCUGCCCCGCCCAUAUCGCCCUUUUCGAUGGUCGUAUCAUCAAACAAUGUCAUUGACAAAACUGGAAACCGAUUGGUGGAUCGAGCUUGAGAGCACAUACAAGAGCCGCAUUGCUCAACGUAAAGAGCUAUUUGCCAAGAAUGGAAAGGCAGUUCUGGACGCCCUCCCUGGCUCCGAACUAGCAUGCAAAGAGCUCAUGGAAAUGGUACUCCAAUACAUAUGUACCAGAUACCCGCAGUAUUUCACGCUGGUGGACAAGCGGAUAUUGCAGAAUCGCAUCCUCGACACUGAGCAAGAUAUCCGGGCCAAGCCCCCGCUUGAAAUCCUUCUUGACAAUGUUCCGGAGGAUUUUGGACUCAUGUUAAGAGAUGAUGAGACGGGCUUUUAUUUCUUGCGUGCGGCAGUAAUUUGUUCGGCACUUGGUUGGAAUGUUGCCUCCAAAAUCGGACGUCAGUUGCACCAAAUCCAUGCACCGAUCCCGGAUUAUAAGGAAAAGAUGCAGUUCUCAAUGGACCGUUUCUUCACCAAAAUGCCGACAGAAAAGCCGAUUCAACGAGGUUCAUGGGGUCUCGAAGUCGGGGAGCCACUGUAUAUGCCACCAGGCGAUCCGCACGAGGGCCUUCGGAAAACCCAAGAUCCAAAUUUGACAAUAGAUGACUGCAACCUGCGGGUAGACUGGCAGACCCUUCGUCGUCUUCCACUCUCUGCAUCCGUGGUAUUCAACUUCAAGGCGGUUUUCAGUCCCAUCACAGAAUUCCGCGAUGAGCCUGGCGUCCCGGCACUGGUGGCAAAGGUUGUGACAGAGGGAAAGAAGAAACUCAUGGAGUAUAAGGGUGUAUGGCAUGUUCAGCAUGUUAUUCUACCGAAGUUAGAAGAGUGGGCAAAGGAACAGGAGGAGAAUGGUCUUACACCCAAGGAUUGGGAGGUGGCCACGCUAGAUAACAGUCCGUGGUAUGAAGGCUGGAAAGAUAAGUGGCAUCGACAGCAAGGAUUUUGA